AUGGACGAAUCCAAAAACGAGACCGGCAAACUGGGAGGUGUAUACACCUACUUCCAAUCCCUCCCCAAUCUCAUCCCCCGACGCGCGAAAAACUUCAUCUGCGGCUGCUUAGACGACAUUGUUCUCCACAGCAUCACCUCCAUCUUCAUCAAACCCUUUAUAAGCUACGUCUUCUUCACCACGGUAGUCUUGGUCUUGAUUGCGGAGAUCGCGCCCCACCCCUUGAUCUUUGCCCUCUUCUCAAUCUCCGCAUACGCGAAGCAACAUAUCGUGGAUAUGGUGAUCACCGGGUUGGUAAAGUCGGUGACUGCGAUUUGGGUUGAUGCCGUGGUGCUGUGGUUUAUCGUGUCGGUACACUUCUUUCGCGAGAGGAGACGACGGAUUCCGAGGAGGGAGUGGAUUGCUGCGUGGGAGGUCAUCUCUUUGGGGAUUAAUGCGGUCGUAUACCUUGCCCCGUGGGCGCCUAAACAGGACUUCUCUGCCGCGUAUGACUCGGCCUCGGCAACCCCUUCCAACGAGGAUGGGGAGUUUCAAAUGACGUGGGGACACUACGCUUCCCUACUGCUCGUUCUCCGCGAAGUAAACGGCGCGUUUGUGGAGCACAUUUGGCAAACGAAGCUCGAUGCCCAGACGGCACCCAAGGACGGGAAGUACGAGUGCCUCAGGAGACUGUGGUAUGGUUUCCGCUUCUGGGGUUGGAGUGUGUUGAGUCGGGCCAUGAUGUAUCUGUGUGUUAUGGCUGCUUGGGAUGCGGUGGUGGAGUUGGUGGUUUGGGAGUAUGUACCUGUGGCGUACGGAGGGUUGGCGUUCUUUGGGAUGAUCGUUGGGAUGUUGACGGUUGCUGUGCUGUGGGUUUUGGAGCGGUGGAAGGCGAUGCGGGGGAUUAGGGUGGAUUUGGAGGGGUAUGGAAGCGAUGAGAGCGAUCAUGAAGAGGGCGAUGAGGAUGAGGAAGAAGAUUAUGAGAGCGACGAUGACGAGAGCGACGAUGACGAUGACGACAGCGACGAUGACGAUGACGACAGCGACGAGGACGAUAGCGAUGGGGACGAUAGCGAUGGGGACGAGCGCGAAGGGGACGUUGACGACGAGGAUCAUGAGGCGUAUAAGGACAGUCGGGAAAAUCAUUCCCUAGGCUGUAAACAUUCUCUAAGAAUUCUAAGAUGUUGA